GAUCGCCACCAAACCCCAAUACGAAGGACUCGUGCAGUCACACUGCAGCUGUCACAUACUUACUUUUAUAUACGCAACCUGUAAGCUAUGGAGCAAGACGAGCUAGAGGCCCUGUUGAACUCGUACUCAGAGGAGGCUGAGGCAGAGAAUCGCCGGCUGUUGCUGAAACAUGCUGGCAAAAACAAGCCGAGAGGAGGUCCGGCGCUGCGAGAAGCCGGACUCCGGAGCCGGAUUGCAGCCGACAAUGUUGGCCACGCCCUGCUGAAGAAGAUGGGCUGGUCGGAAGGAACCGCCAUCGGACGCGACCGGUCUGGACGCAGCGAGCCGCUAGAGUUGAACAUAAAGGCCGGCCGCGCGGGACUAGGUGUGGAUGAGCAGCGCCGGCGCGCACGGGAGCAGCAGCAACUGCAGGAGGAGCAGGAGCGCGCCAAGCGGGCCCGGCUGGCAGAGGAGUCGCAGCAGCGCUACCACGCCGCCACGCGUGCAAGCCAUGCCUCGCGCCAAGCCGCACGCCACCUGCGCGGUGCAUGGCGGGUGGCCGAGCAGCUGGCGGAGCAGCAAGACCACCAGCCACAACAGCCGAAAUACUCGGAUCAGGGCCAGGAUCAGGGCCGGGAUCAGGGCCAGGGGCAGGGGCAGGGCGAGGGGCAGGACGAGCGCACGGAAAGCGGUGGCAGCAGUGGGCAUGAGAAAGGCAGCGGCCGGAGCGGACAGGCCAUGGAAGCGCUGCGGCAGCUGCUGCAGCGGCUGCCCGCGCUGCAGGCGGCCUUGCAGAAGGAGACGCAGGAGCAGGCGGGGGGAGGGGCGGAGGGGCAAGCCGAUGAGCCACCGGAAGGACCAGAACCGGUCGGGUGUUGCGCGGAGGCUGCUGCGGGCACACCGGAAGCCAGCCUCGCGACGCGACAGGCGUCCCCGAAGAACCCGGCGUUACCAGGUGCGCUAGCAGAAGCCGCUGCCACGCCGGCCGUGGAAGCCGCCGCACCGGCACCUGGGGCUGCUCCUGUGGCGGCGGAGCCGGCACUGCCGCAGGACGUGCAGCAGGCGAAGGCGCAGAAGGAGGCGGAGCCGCCGCAGCAGCCGGACGUGGAGCCGCUGCCGCUGACAGGGCAGCUGGAGUUGCUGCUGCUUCACCUGCGACAGGCGCACUGCUACUGCUACUUCUGCGGCACGGCCUACGACGGCCCUGACGACAUGGAGGCGCACUGCCCCGGGCUCACGGAGGACGAGCACUGACGCCCGCGGCGCAGUGGCAUGCGGGGUUGAGGGCUGUGGGGCUGAGGGGCGUGUCCGUGUGUGCAAUGAAGUGAGGGGGAAGUAGAGGGGGUCGAUACAUACCGUAGGGUUGACAUUGUGUGUGCAGUAUGUGCCAGCAAGCAGUGCGCUAUAAACGGCCUGAUAGCAGUGCAUCCCACGCGGCCACGCCUUGUCGCUUUACCGUGUCGAUGUGUGUAUGUCAGGCAGCGUCACGGAAAGGGAAGCAUGCCCAUGGUCAGAGCGCAUGCGCAACCCCACCGGUCCCGGAUGGAGGGACAGGUGGCGGCGAAGUGCAUGACCGGCAGAUCGCCACAACAGCGUGCACCAGUCAAAGCUACGUAACUAAUGACCCAACCCGCCUGCUGAGGGUUGCGCGAUAGGAAAGAGGGAAGUGCACGGGGCGGCAAGACAUACUUGUGAGCAGAGGGGCUACAUGGGGCACGGGUCGCGACUGGACUUGGAGCACUGAGUAUUGCCUGCGUGUGUGCUGAAUAGUACUCAAGUGAGGGUCGACAAUGUGCAUGUGUGUACACAAGAAAAUGGAAGGGAACGUGUGUGCGUGUGUUGGACGAGCACACAAUGUUUGGCGUAACCUGCAAGCAAGGUGGGGUCGUUUUAUUGGGCGUUCCACAUUAUUUGCACGGCUUCCCCUUGUAGUAGCUUCAUGCGUGGCUUGCUCGCGAAGUGCACAUGAAAGUAGCGUGUAUUGUGCGGAAUAUAUUCGCAACGGGGUGUGCUAUGUUUUGCGGGAGUGUCGCACGCUGUGAUGCUGAGCGCAUGCAGGCCCAAUGUGGUACAUUAGCAACUUUACGGAGCACCGCAUCGAGGAUUGGUUUUGCAAC